GAAGCUGCUGACUGGAGAGGAGCUUUGUACCGGCGGUGAUGCUACCAUUGGCGGCUUCGACAUUAAAACGCAGCAGAACCAGGUACGACGCUUGAUUGGCUACUGCCCACAGUUCGAUGCCCUCAUUGGAACGUUGACGGCCCGAGAGCACCUGACACUUUUUGCUCGCAUUAAGGGCUUCCCGGAGGCGGAGCUUCCAGUUUAUGUGAACUCCCUGCUAGAACAGCUGACGCUGCAGCCCUAUGCCGAUAAACAGGCAUUUUCCUUCUCCGGAGGUACGCGCCGAAAACUCUCUUUGGGCUUGUCCCUGGUCGGCAACCCUCGCUGCGUUUUCCUCGAUGAACCGACCACUGGCGUGGACCCUGAGUCAAGGCGUUUUAUGUGGAAGCUGAUCUCCAGCACGAUGAUUGGUCGUGCUGUGAUCCUGACCACGCACUCCAUGGAGGAGUGUGAAGCCUUAUGCAACAGAAUAGGAAUCAUGGUGAACGGUCGCCUUGUUUGCUUGGGCACCGCAUCCCAGCUCAAAGCCACUCAUGGCUAUG